UACACUUCCUGUCUAAGUUGGAGCAAUGGCAUUUCCAUGUGUACGAUAAAGAAAAACACACAUAGCUCUUGUAACAUCAGUUUUACAAAUCUGCCUUUCAGCAAGUCACCUAUUUUCAUCUAAGAAUGCAAUUUUCAGCCUUGGGAUUAAGUUUGUUUUUAUUUCUUACAGUCUUCUGCCAAGAACCCAAGACCGACGAGAACUCUCUAGAAUUUCAAAGAGCAAAUGGAAUCAAUGCUACUAUAGACGGCUACAGACCCAAAUGUCGAGGGUGUGUGAGGUUCGGAGAGGAUGAACUCCAAGUCUAUGGCACUUUUACUCUACCAAAGGACAAGUGGCACUUGAUGACUCGAAGUAAAUGGUUUGGUGCACCUGGCUUUGCAGUCGUAAUGUGCGCUAUUGAUCUUAGAACCACCAAUAAUUACGACUGCUCAAAUUACUCCGAUCUUAAAUCUUGGACAAUGUUUUGCUUUUAUAACAAAGACAUCUUUAAACCCAAUGGCUGUAAAAUAUGGAAUGAAACACCAAGAUGGCAAGAAUGCUACUGUAGGGACACUGAACCAAUACAGUGGUUCGCUACAAUAACCCCAAGAUAUUUUCGCAAGACUUCUAUGAUAAUCCGAGCUGUGUGGGAUGGAAUGAUUUUGGGGAGCCCAAGAAGGUUUCCAUACCAGCCUCACGACACGCUGUAUAUCAAGGAUCUUAUUGAUCGUGGCCACAUUGUUAUGACAUGGGAGGGAUCGACUAAUAGAUCAAAAUCCUGGGCGUCGGAUCUUCUUCUGGAGUUCACCUUAGUGGUUCUAGCCCUCGGUAUCGUGGAUUUCUUCCAGUCUUAGACUGAGAUUCUGGUGAUAGAUGUCCAUUGGGAUGUGACCAGUAGAAGUAUCUGAACCAGGCAACUCUAUACACGCAUCAAAUAGAAUAGGAAACAUUUCUUGUUCAAAUACAGCAUCAUGUUUUUCUUGUGUUAUUUUUCAUAUUAUCAACAACACAAUUAGAGUUGUUUAAUACGACAGCAAUCGCGUUAGGAAUGGUUUUUUUUGUUUCUUAAAUACCGUUAGAUUUACCGAAUUGGUGCAAAUUUUUUUUUGCUUUUUUAAAGAUUGACAUGCUUUGCAUACAAUUUCUUUUGUAUUUAAAAUUUCUUUAAGUAGGGUUCACAUACAUUAAGUUUAUUUAAGUAGGGGUCACAUACAUUAAGUUUAUUUAAGUAGGGGUCUCAUACAUUAAGUUUA